AUGGUAGACAUCCAAACCAAGCCGCCCCAUUCUACGUUAUAUGUCAGCAACAUAAAUGAAGCAAUAUCCAAAACAAAGUUAAGCUAUGUUCUUAAUCGUAUAUUUGGUCGCUAUGGAGAAGUGGUAGAUGUACGGGUCAGGAGAAGCCUAAAAAUGAAGGGACAAGCCUUCGUUACAUACAAGGACGCGAGGUCGUGUGAAAAGGCACUUUCCAAACUACAAGGCAGACCUGUUUUCAAGAAACCAAUCCAUAUUGUUUACGCCCACUUUGCGUCCGACAAAUGCUUGGAGUUGAAUCAAGAACUCGAAGAAUUGAACAAACGAAAAGAGCAGAGAAACAAAAAACAAGAGGAGGAGACAAAGAUUGCCUCAGAGAUGCUGCAUCAAAAACAACUGUCUUCAAAAACUCCCGAAGUCACAGAAUCACAGCUCAAACUGUGGAAACUGCUACCUCCUCACAAAGUGCUUCUUUUACAGAACCUCACUUCGGAGUCUCUAGAAAGCUCAUUUAUUGAGGAAGCUUUCGAUGGUUUUGCAGGCUUUGAAAAAGUCAGACUCAUCAAAUUCAGAAAAUUGGCUUUUAUUGAUUUUGACCUGGAGAGUCAGGCUACCCAGUGCCUAAAAGACAUCGAUGCUAGCAAGUUUGGUGCUGAGGCCUUGCUUACAUACGCAAAAAAGUGA